GGUUGAGUGCAUGUACCGGCGAGUCUUUUGAAGGGUGUGUUUUGUAUGGGGUUUAUAUCUCCGUUAUUGACUGAAGUAUCUAGUUGAAGCCCGGCUGAUCGUGGUCACGUGGUCGAUCCACGCAGCAACAGCGGGCGUUGUUUACGUUGGUUACAGGGACGGGGUGGCUGUCUAUCCGUCAAGCUUCACAUUCCCUAGGUCGCAUUGUGUGUGGAAGGUGGACACUAGACAACAAGACUGACAAUGGCGAAGGCUGCAGUAGAAGGAGACGUGUCGUGCUGGGCAGAUAUCGGCCUGAUCAAGUCAGCGUUCAAGCGGGGCGUCAAAACAGGAGCAGCCGCGGGAGGGGACGGCGAUAAAGCAUCGCUCUCAGCUUUAAAGAAAGUCAUCCCUUUAGCUGCAUACAAUACCAUCCAGACAGGUGCUUUUGCCGCGGCUGCCAAACCAACAGGGGGUAAACUUGCCCUGGACAAAUUCGUCAGCAAAGACUUCUUCUUGAAAAUGGCGAAAGGUAACGAGGCAGAGGCGGAAAAGUUGGCGAAGAAAAUAGCUGGUGACGAGCAGGCAGCACAAGACAAGGACGCCAAGGGCCCCGGGAAGGUUGAUGCUACCACAAAAAGACUGACAGACGCGUCGAAGUACACAGGCGCGCACAAGGAACGUUUCGAUGACUCAGGGAAGGGCAGGGGCAAAGGUGGGAGGGUAGACGAAGCAAAAAAUAGCGGCUACGUUGGCAACUACAAGGGGGAAGGAUCCUACAAGGGAAACUAACAACUGGGUGCCGGGGGAUGUCCUUAUCCAGCCAACCAGUGUACUCUACCAUCAGAUAAACUCUGACGUCAUCGGGUGUCUCAACUAGGAGCAUUAGUUAACGGCAACUUAUAAACGCCAACAAGCCGUUAUAUCUACCACAAGGUUGUGUUUAUUCAUCUGCCAGAACUUUCUGAAAAUCAUGAAUUUGUAAAACAUUUUGGGUGGAAAAUAUAUAAAUGAAGAGGACUAUUAGAUUCAGAAUUAUCAAUUUUGAUAAGUUAUUAUUGAUAAGUGAAAUGCCGUUUCCAGGCACCCGCAAUAUGAUAAACUUCGCAAUAUUCAGUUAUGGUUGUGUGGUUCUAACAGAGUUGAUGUUUUUAUUGUCUCCGACGCAGAGCAGAUCAUGCAUGGUGAAGUCUGGCGUGAAGGCAACAUUCAUUUUAUGUGUUCCUGUCAUGUGUCAUUGUAUAGUUACAUUAUUUAAAUAGUUUCAGUUGCAAAAUGUUAAUAAACGUUAUUCUAAAUGAGA